AUGAGGCGCUGGGCGGGUUCCCUCUUUUUGCUGCUGCUGUCAGUAUGGACGGCGGCGGCAUUGGAAAUCAAGCUAGACCAAAACGAGAAUCAACGAUGCGCCGGCAUGUACAGCAGGAAAUCGUGGGGCGGCGACGUUGACCCCUAUAUCCACGUCAAGUUCACGGGCGUCGGCAAGGACGAGGGCGAGGACCCCGUGGUGAGCCUGCUCAUCUUCGAUUGGAUGGACCAGGAGUACCUCGAUGUGCUGCCGGGCAAUACGGAGCGGGCGGCCAUCUGCCAGCAGGAGUUCGUCGAUGCCGGGUACUGCAACGAAACCGAAAUUGGCCAAUUCCUGGUCUCGCCCAACGCCACAGAAAAAUCGGUCAACGUCAUCUUGACCAAGGCGAUGCACCUCAAGGAUUCGAAACCCAUCAAGUAUCCCAUCUCCAAGACGGGCUACUUUUGCGUUGUUACCGAGAAGUUCGGCGCAACUAGCUACGAGGCCAUCGUCGAGUUCCGCAACGCCUUUGGCGAGCUCCCGGCUACUCAGAUUCCGAAACUGCCCUUCUAUGGCGGGAUCAGCAUCGCAUAUGCGCUGGUGUUGGUCAUCGUUCCGACAUAUUAUGUCUUCUUGCUACCUACCUCGCACUCGCAGCCGCUGACCAUCCCAGACUAUCUAAACCGGAAUGGGUCGAACGUCGGCUCGCAAGUCCUUCUUGUCGUCGUCGCCGUCCUCAACGCCGCCCGCAACUCGUUCUCCUUCUUCCUCCUCCUCAUCGUCUGCAUGGGCUACGGCGUGGUCAAACACACGCUCGGCCGCACCAUGAUCUACGUCCGAUGGCUCGCCAUAGGGCACUUCGUCUUCGGCAUCGUCUACGCGAUAACCAGCUUGGUUGUAAACCCAGACACAGCGGGACCCUUCGUGCUACUCAUCGUCCUCCCGCUCGCCGGCACGCUCACGGCCUUCUACGUCUGGACGCUCAACUCGCUCAACUGGACGCUUAAGGACCUGCGCGAGCGCAAGCAGCACGUCAAGGAGACCAUGUACCGCAAGCUGUGGUGGUGCAUCCUCGUCUCCAUCAUGGUCAUCUUCGCUUUUUUCUUCUUCAACUCCUUUUCCUUCGCUUCGGCGCGCGACCCCGACUACGUCCCGUUCCACUGGAAGACGCGCUGGUUUGUGCUCGACGGUUGGCUCAACAUUGUGUACUUCGCCGACGUCGCCUUCAUCGCUUAUGUCUGGCGCCCGACCGCCAACAACCGCCGCUUCGCCAUGAGCGACGAGAUCGCGCAGGAGGACGACGGUACCUUUGAGAUUGCCAACCUGGACAUCGGAAACCCGGAUGAGUCGGACGACGACGAGGAGGCGAGGAUCGAGGGCACGAAGCAGAGCCAGGGUGGGCAGACCCAAGCGGCCGGGAGCGGUCGUUGGAUCGGCGAGACCAUCUUUGCCGUGGGCGAGGAUGGGAAGUUCUCGUCCGACGACGACGACGAUGACGACGAUGAUGAGGAGAGUAGUGAGGAGGAGUCUGGGCGGCUGGUCAGGACGAGGAAGUAG